UUGAAGGGAAAAAAGGGAGGAAAGCGCCGGUGAGCCAAAAUGGCUGCCUUUGCAGUUUCUCGUGUGGCCCCACGUGGCUGGCUUCUUUCGAGGCCGGUCACGACGUCCACUGCUCUUUCAGUCCACCAGACGCCCACUGUUGACGGCGCAGAGAGUCCCGCUACUGUUCAGUCGAAGAAAAACGUGAUGGUUCAGAAGAAGCCUCUUGUCCCCAACAGUCGAGGAGAGUAUGUCAUCACCAAGCUGGAUGACUUGAUUAACUGGGUUCGUCGGAGCUCCUUGUGGCCCAUGACCUUUGGGCUGGCCUGCUGCGCUGUUGAGAUGAUGCAUAUGGCUGCCCCGCGGUAUGACAUGGACCGCUUUGGUGUGGUCUUCCGAGCCAGCCCCCGGCAAGCCGAUGUCAUGAUCGUGGCAGGCACCUUGACCAACAAGAUGGCCCCUGCCCUCCGGAAGGUCUAUGACCAGAUGCCUGAGCCGCGUUACGUCGUGUCCAUGGGAAGCUGUGCCAAUGGUGGUGGUUACUACCAUUAUUCGUAUUCUGUUGUGAGGGGCUGCGACCGAAUUGUGCCUGUGGACAUUUACGUGCCAGGUUGCCCUCCUACUGCUGAAGCUCUUCUCUAUGGGAUCUUGCAACUCCAGAGGAAGAUCAAACGGGAGAAAAGACUUCAGAUCUGGUACCGGAAAUAGCAAGGCACCUGUUGGCAUAACCCCCAUGAGGUUGAACAGGGAUGGACCCUGCCUGUAUCUUCAGCGCACAUUUUGAACCACUUUGCACAAAGCUUUCCCAAUAAACUUUGCAAAUGUAUGUAUAUAA